AUGUCAAAAGGUAAAGUUUGUUUAGCUUACUCUGGUGGUUUAGAUACUUCAGUUAUUUUAGCUUGGUUAUUAGAAGAAGGUUAUGAAGUGAUUGCCUUUUUAGCCAACAUUGGUCAAGAAGAAGAUUUCGAAGCUGCUGAAAAGAAAGCUUUAGCCAUUGGUGCUACUAAAUUCGUUGUGGUUGAUGUUAGAAAAGAAUUUGUCGAAAAAGUUUGUUUCCCUGCUAUUCAAGCUAAUGCCAUUUAUGAAAAUGUUUACCUUUUAGGUACUUCUUUAGCUAGACCUGUUAUUGCUGAAGCUCAAAUCAAAGUGGCUGAAGAAUAUGGUUGUUUUGCUGUUUCUCAUGGUUGUACUGGUAAAGGUAAUGAUCAAGUUAGAUUUGAAUUAUCCUUUUAUGCUUUAAAACCAGAUGUUACUGUCAUUGCUCCUUGGAGAGAUCCAGUUUUCUUUAAUAGAUUUGCUGGUAGAAAUGAUUUAUUAAAUUAUUCAAAUGAAAAGGGUAUCCCAGUGGCUCAAACUAAAGCUAAACCAUGGUCAACUGAUGAAAAUUUAGCUCAUAUUUCUUUUGAAGCUGGUAUUUUGGAAAAUCCUGAUACUACUCCUCCAAAAGAUAUGUGGAAAUUAACCGUUGAUCCAACUGAUGCUCCAGAUACUCCAGAAGAUUUCUCAGUUGUGUUUGAAAAAGGUUUACCAGUUAAAUUAAUCUUAGAUGGUGGUAAAAAAAUUGUUACUGAACCAGUUGAAUUAUUCUUAGAAGCUAAUGCUUUAGCUAGAAGAAAUGGGGUUGGUAGAAUUGAUAUUGUUGAAAAUAGAUUUAUUGGUAUUAAAUCAAGAGGUUGUUAUGAAACUCCAGGUUUAACCAUUUUAAGAUCUACUCAUGUUGAUUUAGAAGGUUUAACUUUAGAUCGUGAAGUUAGAGCCAUUAGAGAUCAAUUUGUUACUGUCACUUAUUCAAAAAUUCUUUAUAAUGGUAUGUAUUUCACUCCAGAAGGUGAAUAUAUCAGAUCCAUGAUUGAACCAUCUCAAAAAACUGUUAAUGGUACCGUUAGAGCUAGAGCUUAUAAAGGUUCUUUAACUAUCUUGGGUAGAUCUUCUGAUACUGAAAAAUUAUAUGAUGAAACUGAAUCAUCCAUGGAUGAAUUAACUGGAUUCUCUCCAGAAGAUACUUCAGGUUUUAUUGCUGUUCAAUCUAUUAGAAUUAAAAAGUAUGGUGAAGCUGCUAGAGAAAAAGGUAUUAACUUAUCUUUAUAA